CCUGCCCGCCCGCCAACAGUUUACGAUAAGCUUUACUGAAGCACUCUAUGCUUCAACAUAUAUAAUUUUCGCGCAAUCAGCGGAAAAGUUAACUUAAAUAUAUACAAGAAUUUUGCUUACCUUGCAAGACAAGCGACUGAGCUUUCGAAUAACUUUGAAAGGGAAAAAGUGUUUACAUCGACGUACUUAUGAAAAAUAAACUGGGAGUCGAAUUUGUAGCAAGCGAGAAGUUCGUCGGCGACUUGCCGAUGAACAUCGGACAGCAGCGAGGACCAAAAAACAAUACACGGCGAGAGUCAAUCACUCCAAAGAUUAUAGUUUGUCCACCCAUGGAAGAAAUGUCGGAACAAAUAACGGCACCUCGCGGGGGACGACUGCUGAAAUCCUUAAACAGAAAAUUGUCUAAACGCAGUACUGAUGCCGAUUCCCUUGGCAGUUCCAGCAGCAGUGACAGUGUAUCUUGUGAUCAAGGUCGAUCUGACGAUCGCUCCUCUUGCUCCGCCAGUGAUACCAGUAGCGAUAACUCGGAACAACAUCGACGUCACCGUUCCACAGUAUCACUACGACGUGUAUUCAAAAGCUUAAACCUAACAGCGCGUUCUCAAUCUUGUUCGUCUACAGAAAGUUCUCGCCAACCAAAAAAACAAUCACAACCUAAGCGCAUCCUUCGACCUCCAGUCACCUACACUUACGUGCGUGGACUCUCUGGUCUUCCUACGCAAAGAGUACCUCGGCACAUGGUGUGCUGUUCUCCCCUAGGCCUCAAUCGAUAAGGUGCAGUUUUUAUGUACUGCUUAGUUUAUGGUAGAUCAUGGACGGAAAUUAAGACUGGUUAAGAAUUAUGUGUAGACUAAAAUGCGCUAGAGUUACAAGUUUUCAUCAUAUCAGUAGGUAAUUGCUGAAAUCGAGGCAAUUAAGCCGAUGUAACGAUGUCUUCAACGAGGACCAAGAUUGAGGUGAUGCCGGUCACUGCCUAGUCACGGCGCGCCUAGCUGCAGUUGUCUCUGUAUACGGAGCUGUGAAUUGUUUAUUUCUAUUUAGAGGACAAUGUAUAAGACUGGUGUAUACCGAUUUGAACUAUGUUCUAUGAAUCUGUCAAAAGUAUUAUUCGGUGUUACUUCACUAAUGUACAUUACACAAAUAUUACUGGAUAUAAUAAUUUAAUGAAUUGCACUCUAGAAAUUUUACAUAUUAAAUUCAUCUUAUGUGUUUCCACAAAAUGAAUACUUUUCGAUCACCAAAAAUAUGCAUGCAUUUUUCACUGAAUGAAUUGUGCACUUACGAUAGUAUUAAGUAUGUAAAUUAAAUAUACUUGUGUUUAAAUGUAAUGACGAAAUUUGGAUUGAUAACAUAAAUUCAUAAUUAUUCUGUUCAUCAAGUAUAGUGCCUUUCCAAGUUUGAACUAAUUAGACCUAGAUAUAUGUAUAUAAAUAAGAAUUGUGUACCUUAUAAGAUUAACUUAAGAUCGGAACAAUGUGAGAUGUCAUCUGUAACAACAUGCUACACCACGUUAGAGUAUUCGAUAAAUAAAUUUACCUUGUCAUCACUUUACGGUAUUUCAAAUAUACUUACUAGAUUACUUGACUAUCUGAACAUUGUGGUUCAAUAAAUUAAUCAAUUGAUAUUGCUGUAUACAGUAGAUAGUUUAAAUAUUGAAUCAAUUAGAUGUAAGUUAUUUUUAUUGCUGGGUACCUUUUCAUAAUUAAUAAAAACAUG